AAGUGAGGGAGAGAAUCUUGCUCUUCUACAGCAUUUCAGAAUGUCUUCUUCUUCAACAAAUUCAUUUUCUUCUCCUCCAAUGUUCAAAGGAGAGAAUUAUGAUUUCUGGGCUAUUAGAAUGCAAGCCUUUCUCAAAGGGAAUGAUGUUUGGGAAGUCAUCGAGCAUGGUUUCCAACUUCCUUUUCCACAGGAAAACCCAACAGUGGCACAAAUGAAGAGAAACGCAGAGUAUAAGGCAGGUACAUAUAGAGCACUUUCUUUUCUGCAUAGUGCAGUGGCAAAUGAUAUUUUCCCCAAAAUUGGAUCCUGCCAAAAUGCACAAGAAGUCUGGGAAGCACUUAAAGAAGAGUAUGAGGGGAGUGCUAGAGAUAAAAGUGUGACACUAUUAGCUCUCAAACGAGAAUUUGAACCUAAAGUUGCUGCAAUUGAAGAGUCUUGUGACUUGAGCAGGCUUUCCAUUAAAGCACUCACUCGAAAAUUGCAAGCUCAUGAAAAAAGACUUACAAUGAGAUCUGACAAAAGUGUCGAAGAAGCAUUUCAAGCUAAGCACAAGGGGAAAUAUUCAUUUGCAAGUUCAGAUUGGAAGCAGGAAGCUAAUAAAGUGGAGAAAGGAGGACAAAUCAUCUUGAAAAAGACUAUUGGCACAAGCAAGUCACAAGUAUUCUCUAUUUUUAAAAAAUUUAAAGUGCUUGUUGAGAAGCAAAGCGGCUGCCAACUUAAAACCUUGAGGUCAGACAAUGGAAAGGAAUAUACUUCCAAGGAGUUUGAUGUUUUUUGUGAAGAUCAUGGUAUAAAUCAUCAAUUAACAAUGAAGUAUACACCACAGCAAAAUGGUAUUUCUGAGAGAAAAAAUAGAACAAUGAUGGGAAUGGCUAGAAGCAUGCUUUUUGAGAAAAAUUUGCCUAAGAAGUUUUGGGCAGAGGCAGUGCAUACUGCUAUUUAUUUGCUGAAUGGUCUUCCAACUAGAGCUGUUGAAGGUAAAACUCCUAUUGAGGCUUGGUUUGGACUUGAGCCUUCAGCUUAUCAUUUGAAGGAUGAUCAGAAAAUUAUUAAGGAGUCUACUUCUCAGUUAAAUGAAGACUUGAAUGUUGAACAAAGUACAACUACUACUUCUAGACACCAAAAUGCUGCUGAAACUGAUGAUGACUCACCACCUUGGAAGGUUUGCCAUAUGGAUGUGAAAUCUGCUUUUUUGAAGAAGAAAUCUAUGUUAAGCAACCAGAGGGGUUCUGAUGUUCAAGCUAUGGAACAUUCUAUGCUUGUUAUGAAGAAAGAGUUUGACAUGUCAAAUCUUGGAGAAAUGAGUCACUUUCUUGGUUUGGAAAUCAAACAAUGUGGAAAUGGAAUUUUCUUGUCACAGCAAAAAUAUGCACAGGAUAUGAUGAAGAAAUUCAAUAUGAAAUAUAGUAAGUCAAUUUCUACUCCUCUUGUUUUGAACUGUAAAAUGUCAAAAAAUGAUGGUAGUGCUUAUGUUGAUGCAUCUUGGUAUAGAAGUAUCAUUGGUAGUUUGCUUUAUCUCUCUGCUACUAGACCAGACAUUAUGUUUGCUACUAGUCUUCUAUCUAGAUUCAUGAGUUCUCCUACUCAACUUCAUUUUGCUGUUGCGAAAAAGGUGUUGAGGUAUGUGAAUGGUACUUCAGAUUAUGGACUUUGGUUUGAGAAAAUUGAUUCUGGUUCUUUGGUGGGGUACUCUGAUAGUAACUUGGCAGAGAGCAUAGAUGACGCUAGAAGCACUUCUGGUUACUUAUUUCAGUUUGGAUCAUGUGUGUUUUGCUGGAAUUCUUGUAAACAAGAAGUGGUUGCCCAAUCUACUAUUGAGGCUGAGUAUAUUUCAACUAUGGAAGCUUCAAAUCAUGCGAUAUGGUUGAGGAAAAUGCUAUCUGAUAUAGGGCAAUCUCAGUUUGAUCCUAGUUUGAUUUAUGUGGACAAUACAUCAGGUAUUGCAAUUGCUCAAAAUCCUAUGCAACACAAGAGGACUAAGCAUGUUCAUGUCAAGUAUCAUGUAAGGCAGUACAUCAAGAACAAGCAAAUUCAAUUGCUUCAUUGUAGUUCAAAUGUACAACUCGCUAAUAUUCUUACUAAGUCUUUGUCAAAACAGAGGUUCAAGAUGUUAAGAGAGCAGCUUGUACCAAACUUGCUCUCAAGGAGGAGUGUUAGUGUGUGAGAUCAAGUCUCUUAAUGUGGCAGUUACAAUUAGUUUAUUUUGCUUAGUGGUGUAGCAGUUUCUUUUGCAAUCUGUAACUUCUUUUCAUUUCAACAACUGUUAUGUAUAAGUUCCAUUUCUUUGAAACUGAUUUGUGUAUGUCUGCUGUUGUUUUUCUGUUUUUUUGCAAAUGUAUUAGACACUGUUCAUGUAUUUUAAUAGUGUUUUAUGUAUUUUCAUCAUUUCUCAAGUUUAAUCCUUGAAUUUAUGUUCAUUUUCACUUUGAGUUUUCAUCUUUACAUCAUCACUUUCAUCACAACAAAAAAAUACAAUUUAUUAGUGUUG